UUGGUGCUCAUAUAUAGGAAAUGUGAGUUGUGUAUAGGUGUUAGUGGAGUCAUUCAGCAGCGCCAUCUUGACCCUCCAGGAUCACAGCCUCAGUACACUGCUGCUGCUGCUGCUGCUGCCGCCUUCACCUCUAGCAACAUGCGUUUUCUCAUCUGGAGUUUGUUUUUUGGUGUCAUGGACUUGGCUAGUGACGAGCCAUCUGCCGCCGCUGAUAUUCUGGGAGCAGGAGAUAUGGGUGAGCUAGGCCAGACAAUGAAGAGCUACCUGCAGCCUGACGUAGGCACCUCCUGUGCCCUCAUGUGCAAUAAAUACAUGAACUUGGGAGACUCUGACACGCUGAUCAAACAGAUGGCUUGCGAGGAAGGUUGCAGCAAGUUGGGUUCUUUUCUUCAUGAUGAUGCCAGUGAGAUUGUUGAGGACGUUGCAUCUCUUGAUCUUUAUAUAUGUUAUGAAGGAUGCGGAAGGAAGUAUGCAAAUUCUCCAGAUCUUGCAGAAACAUGCAAUAGAGGUUGUGACAUGUAUGUAACCAAAUGGAAGGAAGCUAGUCAGUUACAGUAGACCAAAAAUCCCAAGUCAUUGCAACAGAAGAAAGAAAAGGGAGUUUUAAUAGAACAUGUUAUGCAUCAAGAAAACCUACCCAUGGUUUUCAAUAACAUUUAGUAAUUUUUAUUAUAUUUUUCAAAUAGUGUAUUGAGCUGUUAAAGAUUAAGUUUUAUGAUUUUUUUCUAAUAUUAAUAGGUGAUUUUUUAUGAUAGAAAGGGAAAAAAGUUUAUGAGUAGUAAUUGUAGUGACAGUAUUAUGAAUGAAAGAUUUUCAUAUAAUAUUGAAUGAAGCUUUGUUCUUAAUAUAAUGGGAUGACUUAUAGAAGUCUUAAGUGAAUCCUUUAAUUUUUUUUAUUCACGAAGUAAAUGAUGCACAUAUAUGUGUAUUAGUAAAGAUAUUAAGGUGCAGUUGUAGUCAUUGGUAGGAUUUUUAUUCAGGCAAAUAGUUUUCCUUGAAGCAUGUAGUAUAUAAAAUGAUUGCAUAAUAUUAUCUCUUUGUGUCAUAUUGAAAUAGAAGAGUUAAUGCAGACGAUAUUAUUUUAAUUUUACCAUGUAACAAAUAUUGUAUCUGGAUAAUCGUAUUUCAUUUUUCAAAAUUUUUAAUAGUGAAAAUUUAUUGUUUAUCACCUCUAAUAUAUAUUCAUAAUUUUUAAAGAGGUGGACCGGUAAGCCAAUGUAAGGCCUUGUCAGAUGACCAAAAGCUCCAACGGCGGGUCAUCUGACAAAGACCCGCGUCAGGAAACACUUAUCCUGUUUCUUGACAAACCUUACCUAACCUAACCUAUCACCUGAUUAAUUUCUGUUGAAAAGGUCGCAUUAAUCCAUGAAUAAUU